AUAACAAAAAUAAUGUUAAGCUAGGUAACAGCUUUGCUUUACGUGUACUAUAAAAAUUUGGAUGUAGAAUAGAAUAAAGAAAGAUUUAUCUACUAUUGCAUCGUAAUAGGAUUCUUGAAUUUCUUGGGUUUUUUUUUAAAUACUUUUGAGUAACUUCCAAAGACGAGUAAAAAUUCUUUUAGAAUCGUGGUGGAAUUGGCUUUUCCUAUAUUAGGACUAGUUCCAAUAGUGACCUAUUUUAUUAAUUACUUGGAAUUUUUUUCGGUGAUUAGCAUGUUGACGAUGAUAAGUUUGAUUACAAUUUGGGUGAUUGAAUGCAUGCUAUAUUAUCUUCUAAGUGAGAAGGGAAUACAAAGCAUGCUAAGUUUGUUUAUUACAACGAAUGCUUUACUUAUUUUUGGAGAUAUUGCUCUCACAGGCAGCUCAUCAAUUAGUGUAAAUAUUAUUGUUACAUAUAGACUUUAUUUGACUACAGUUCAAUCAAUCUGCUGGUGUUGUGUGCUCAAUUUUCUUGGUCAGGGGAUUCAAGCGUUAACAAACCAAAUAGUCUGUUUAACAUAAUUUCAAGAUAAGACUGUUUUAGAUUGAUAGUGUACUUUCUAAUGUUCAUUAUUCUCAAUAAUAUAAUCAGAACAAUUAAAGAGAAUCCGAAUGCAAUUUCCCCUACUGUGGCUAUUUUUAUACCAUACAUUUGGGCUGCAGCUAAUUUUAAUAAAAGAAAAUACAAAUCAGCAUUUGGACUAUUCAUGUUAACUAUAUUUAUAUAUUUCCCAAUGGAAAUUUAAAUAAAAUACCACUAACAGAGAUUGGAAUAAGCAAUUUAGUUAUGA